ACCCUUAAAACCCUCCGAGACCCCUUCCUCUUCCCUCUCUCUCUCUCUCUCUCUCUCUCUCUCGCGCAUAUGGCGCUGUCUCGUCUGUUUCUAUUGGAAGCAGAGCUCCGGAUGCCCAAGAAAGGCUUUCCCAGACCGCGAAGAUGGUUCGCUUCUUCUCCUCCUCCUCCUAAGAAGGUCUCCAAGAAGGCUGAGGUCGCCAAAGAGAGGAAGCUAGAAGCUGUAAAUUCGUUCAUCCAGAGAUAUAUGAUAACACAUCCUGGUGUCUUUCCCAAGACAAAAGAAGUUCAUGAUGAGGUGGGUGGAUCAUGGUACAUUCUAAAAGAUAUCUUAGCAGAAAUGAAAUCAAAAAUGCUGCCUGGAUCUCUGAGUGACAGCCAAAUUGCAAGUUCACAGUCACACGUUACAGCAGAGGAAACUCCUAAGGCUGCAGUUAUAAACGAAAAUUCAGAUAUUGGAGAGCUCGACAUGCCUGGAAAAGGAUUUGCUUUGUUAACAGAGCUGUCAAAUAUAACAGAAUCUCAUAGUGCAGCGGAUACAGAUUCAUCAGUGCUAUCAUCUGUCAGAAGUUUGGAGGAUACAGAACUAUUUGAAAAAGAACAAAUGGAACAAUCAGUAGAUAGUCCUGCAUCUCCUAAAACAGUGGGGAGCCUGCAGCAAUCUCGCUCGCUUAGUCAUAUUGCUGAGGAUGAAGAAAAUUCUAUCAGCAUGCACAGACAUGAGGCUCAAUUAACUGAAGCUACUCCAAAUGGUAAUGAACAGUACCUGACUGGCAAAAAAUGCGGGGAACCAGAUCAGAACUCUCAAGCAACAGAUGUUAAUUUCCUGACACCUAAUCAGAGUUCGCCAUUGAAUGACAUCGCACCAUCAGAUCAAAAGGUCAUUAAUUUGGUUGACUUUUUUAGAAGAAAUACAGAAGUGGGUUUGAAGUGCAGAAAGACCGACACUUUGAAACAUGAGACUUCAAAUUUGAGAGAGGAAAACAAGCAUGUCUUUGGUUUAGUUGAUCUAUUCAAAAGAAAUCAAAAAGACUCCAAAGAUGAUGAUGUAAUCGACAAGAAAAAUAUGAAGCAAGACAAGUCCUUGAAUCCAAAAGAGAAAAUUAGAGAGGAUUCUGAGAAGAAAUCAGAAGUCAAAGGUCUUCUUGAGCGAAUAAUUGAACUUUCAAAAGACACACAUAAGGCUGGAUCUUGGGCACGUGUACCUAAUAAUAAAAAUGACAUGGAAAUGAGGGGCUUUGUUGAUGAAAGUAUAAAGUUACUGACUUUGAAUGAUGAAAACGAGUACAGGAAAUCUGCAGGGCAGACAGACACAGAGGAACCAAGGGAAGUAAACACAUUACAUUCCAAGGUAAGAGAUAGUACCCAGAAGAAUCAACCUAGAGGCUACGAUAUUAAAAAUGUGAAUCUUCAAUUAAGUAAAAAUGGAAAAGCAAUGGGGUCCCCAGAUAUGUUGGAGUCCCAACUUUUGAGUGAAGAAAGUGAUUCUGAUAUUGCAGCAUUCGACUAUCUAGAGCCUGAGUCAAAGGAUGAGGAUGCUUUCUCAACUCAACCACAGAACUUGGAUGCUUUUCUACAUGAAGGAACAGGAAGUCAUGAAAACUGCCUCUUGGUGAAAUUUUUGCUGAAAGCAGCCAAGAUCAAUGAUAUUGGUCUUGCUUUCCAUGAUUGUGGGCCGAUUACUGAAAUCCGUGUUGUUCGCACAAGAAGAGAGAACAGAUACAACUAUGCUUAUGUUUGUUUCAAGACGGAAGAGGGGCUGAUUAAAGCUCUAAGUAAAACUGGUGUGGCUGUAUGCGGUGCAGAUGUUGUUGUAGAGGCAACUUCUCCUAUAAAGUUUCACAGCAGAUUGGCUAACAUGGAGCCUGCCAAAGAUGGAGAUUUUCCUGCAGCUUUUCUCAAAAAUCCAACUCGGACAGUAAUGGUCAAGGGGUUGCCAGAAAAUACAUCAUUUUAUCAGCUGAAACAUGCACUAUCAUUCUGGGGAUGCAUCACUGGCCUUGCCAUGGGCUCCACGGGAUCCAGUGUUUAUGUUGAGUACGAGUCAGAAGAAUCAAAGGAAAGGGCUCUUGCAGUAGCCACUGUAUCUGUAGUAGGAAAGAAGCUUACAAUCUACAGGAUUGACGCACCCAAAACAACUGUUGUGAGAAUCUCAAGAGUGAACCCCCUCAGCGGAAUAACAAGGAUUCAGAACAUAUGUGAAUCCUAUGGGCAAGUCAAGAGAAUAAUUGGCAGAGAUAUUGACACUUUUGAUGUGCACUUCAAAUUAUCCGAAUAUGGCAACAUGGUGAAGAUCCUAAACAGAUUGAAUGGUUUGAUGGUUGAUCACCAUCAGUGGGUUGCACAACCUGCAACAGUCAUUCCAGCUGAAAUUCUUCAAACUCUAUGGAGCAAACCUGAGGGUCGAAAGCAUGUGCGCAAACUGAUCCAAAAUCUUUGCAGAAAAAUAGAAGAGAAAACCAUAGACACUGCUCCUAUGCUCGGUCUUGCACAAGAAUACUAUGGGGAUAGCUGAAUGAUAUAGAAAGGACUUCAUUCAUUCAUCCCAUUCUUGGUUUUGAAGUUGUAGUUUCAUUGAUAGCAUUUGCUCUUCUCACACUGAAGAAUCCCAGAGACGAAUGAAAAUUAGAGAAAACAUCAUUUUGAUGAGGUGGAAUAUGCAAUAUCUGUGAUAUACAGAGUAUUCAUUUUAAUAUGCUAAAAGUUGUGCUUAUAUGUAUAUUAAAUUAACCAUUUUCUAGUUUAACCAUAUUCUUGUUUAGCUUAUAAAAUGCUAAAUUAGCAGUGUGGACUUGCUGAA